GCGGUUGUGAUGCAGUGAUGAUGUCACAGAGCGGUGCGACGUCGUGCGCCAGACGACAACAUGGGCACGCCGCAGCCCGCGCUCGCCUGCCCCACCCCGGCGGCGACCACCCUCGCGACCGCCCGGGCCCGCGCAGCCUCGCUCCGGGCUGGGGGGAGGGGGGCGCAGCGCCUGCAGAGGGCGCGCCCGAAAGCCUCCGCGCGAGGGACGGGAAGCGCUGACAGGCGGUGACGUGUUUCCCAGGGCAGCUGGGGUCGCGGAGGCACUGGCGCAGAGGGAGCAGCUUGCCGGCGGGCGGCUCCAGUCCCGAGAGGCUACACUCUGAAGAAUGCUAGAUGACUGAUGAAUAGUCUGCAAAACUGAAAAUAAAAGUAAUUAACCCAAAAGUACAACAGAAACUGAAAGACUGUCUUUUGGAAAAAGUAAUGGAACAAGAACAGGAUCCUGCUAUUCUAGAAGAUGAAAACAUUAAAGCUAUUAAAGAAGAAUUCAAGAAAGCCUUUAUGUUUGUCAAUAAAGGCCUGAAUACAGAUGAAUUGGGUCAAAAGGAAGAAGCAAGGAACUACUACAAGCAAGGACUUGACCACUUGCUUAGAGGAGUUAACAUUCCAUCACAAGGUCCUGAAUACACAGGAUCCCAGUGGGACUCUGCCAGACAAAUGCAGCAAAAGAUGCAAGAGACUUUACAAAAUGUUAGAACUCGACUGAAUAUUCUAGAACAAAAUACCCUGGCUUUGCAAACUAAUGCCACCACAAUGAAUGUGCCUCUAGAGGUGCCCAAGUUAUACCCAGUGAUUCCCACUAAUGAAAAGCCAGCAAGGCCCCCUGCACCUAAUUCUCUGAUUCCACCAUCUGGGUCUCCUGCAGCAAAUGAAAAUGUUGCAAUGACAAGCAAAGGGCAACUUCCAGCUAUGAGUCCUUCAUCUCCAAAAGCACUCUCUCUACCACAUGAAGCUCCUCCUGUGUAUACUCCUCAUGCUACUGAUGGACACUAUAGUGUAUCUUAUGGUACAGACUCUGGGGAGUUUUCAUCAGUUGGCGAAGACUACUACACAAAAUGUACUCAGCCGCCUCCCCUUGAAAGUCUAGGAGUAGAUGCAGAUGAAUUGAUCCUGAUUCUCCAAGGAGUACAGAUAUUCUUUGUGACUCCUGAUGGGCAGGUUAGUGCUCCUUCAUAUCCUGGAUACCUGCGCAUUGUGAAGUUCUUGGACACUGAUGGUGCAAUGGCCCAGAAUCGUCCCCCAGCAUUUCUUCAGGUUUGUGACUGGCUAUAUCCUCUAAUGUGCAACCAAUCUCCUGUUCUGUGCUGUAAUACUGGAGUCUACAUGUUCCCUGAUUUGAUGUCGCAGGUGCCAGGAUCCCAUGUGGGAGUAGUGCUAUCUUCAGAACUCCCAGCAGCUGACAGAGAGCUUUUUGAAGAUCUGUUAAAACAGAUGUCUAACCUCAGAGUCCAGCCUUUGGAAGCUUCAGGUGAUGUGAUUAACCUGGCCCAGACUGUAUGCAUCCAACCAGAGCCUGACGGAGGAGAGAGAAAAAGAGAGUUACCUGAGUGGAGUGAGAAAGUAGCUCAUGGAAUCUUGUCAGGAGCAUCCUGGUUGAGUUGGGGUUUGGUCAAGGGAGCAGAAUAUACUGGCAAAGCAAUCCACAAAGGAGCUUCCAAAUUGCGAGAACACAUUCAACCAGAAGAAAAACCUUUGGAAGUCAGUCCAACUGUAGCAAAGGGGCUUCAUGUAGCAAAACAAGCUACUGGAGGAGCUGUAAAAGUCAGCCGUUUUUUGGUUGAAGGGGUGUGUUCAAUAGCAAGCAGUAUUGGAAAAGAGUUAGCCCCACAUGUGAAGAAGCAUGGGAGCAAAUUGGUUCCUGAGUCGCUUAAGAAAGACAAAGAUGGAAAGUCCACUUUUGAUGGUGCCAUGGUUGUAGCAGCAAGUGGAGUUCAAGGGUUUUCAACAGUAUGGCAAGGUUUGGAAAGUGCAGCAAAAUGCAUUGCUAAUAGUGUUUCAACGGAGACUGUUCACACUGUCCAGCACAAGUAUGGGGAUGAUGCAGGCCAUGCUACAGACAACGCUAUGAAUUCUGCAAUCAAUGUUGGUGUGACAGCAUUUAACAUUGACAAUAUUGGUAUCAAAGCUAUAGUGAAGAAAACUGCAAAAGAGACUGGUUAUGCUGUGCUGGAUGAAUAUAAAGUACUAGAAAAGGAGAAAAAGAAUGGAAGAUAAAACAGUUAAUUUCUCAAAGCCUUACAGUAUGGAUAUAAUUUACUAUUUUAAAGUAAUGGGAUAAUGCUAAUCUAUAAUGUAAGUAUUUUUCUAAUUGUCUUUACUAAAAACUAAUUCUUUACAUGAGAACUGAAGGCAUAAAACUAGUCAUUUUCUCUGAGAUGAAAGUAUCCUUCAUUCAGCAUUUCUGCAAUCAUGUAUCAGUCUGAUCACUGGAAGGAUAUGGAUUUAAAUUACAUAUAGUACAUUCAG